UCCAAAUUUCUGGGCAGUCAAGUCGUCAAGUAAAUUGUCUGUGUUCUUUUAAAAUUCACCAAAAAAAUGUCAACAAAAGGCAUUGAAUCAAGAUUGCGAAGCUACAAAUACAAUGACAGAGACCAAGCAUCAUCACGACAAAGGCGAAAUGAAGUAACAGUCGAGUUAAGAAAGGCUAAAAAAGAUGAUCAUAUGCUGAAAAGAAGAAAUGUUCCUGUUGGAGCUUCAGAUGAAAAAGAAGAAAAAUCACAGCCAUCAGACCUUCAGGCAAUAGUUGAUAAUGCUGCCAGUGCUGACCCCAAGUUACAGCUACAAGCUGUCCAGUCUGCAAGAAAGCUGUUAUCAAGAGAUCGAAAUCCACCAAUUGAUGAGCUUAUAGAGUCGGGAAUUUUACCUAUUUUGGUUGGAUGUCUGAGCAAUGAAGAACAUUCAUCGUUGCAGUUUGAAGCCGCUUGGGCCUUAACAAAUAUUGCGUCCGGCACAUCACGGCAAACUCAAGCUGUUGUGCAUGCAGGUGCUGUCCCAUAUUUCAUGAAACUUUUAUACUCCCCUCAUCAAAAUGUAUGUGAACAGGCCGUUUGGGCUCUAGGAAACAUUAUUGGUGACGGACCUCAACUGCGAGAUUUUGUUAUUCAACAUGGUGUGGUAGCCCCUCUUUUACAAUUUGUUAAUCCUUCAGUACCACUAACAUUUCUUAGAAAUGUAACUUGGGUCAUUGUUAAUCUUUGUCGAAAUAAGAACCCUGCUCCGCCUAUGAAAACAAUCCAAGAGGUUUUACCGGCUUUAGCUUUGCUUAUCAGACAUUCGGAUUUAGAUAUUUUGGUCGACACAGUAUGGGCGUUGUCUUAUUUAACGGACGGUGGAAAUGAACAGAUUCAAGUGGUCAUUGAAUCUGGUGUCGUUCCUGCUUUGGUACCACUACUUAGUCAUAAUGAAAUAAAGCUACAGACAGCUGCAUUAAGAGCAGUUGGAAAUAUCGUUACUGGAACGGAUGAACAAACACAGAUUGUUUUAUCUUGUGGAGCCCUUAAUCAUUUUAGUGCUCUGCUUACACAUAGUAAAGAAAAAAUAAAAAAGGAAGCAGUAUGGUUUUUAUCAAACAUCACUGCUGGUAAUCGUGUUCAAGUACAGGAAGUUAUCGAUGCUAACCUUAUACCUCUCAUAAUCGAAGCUUUAGAAACGGGCGAAUUCCAAACACAAAAAGAAGCGGCGUGGGCCGUGAGCAAUCUUACAAUUAGUGGUAGCCCCGAGCAGGUAUCGGUAUUAAUACAAGCCAACGCGAUUCCGUCAUUCUGUAAAUUACUGGAUGUCAAGGAUCCACAGGUUGUUCAAGUUGUUUUAGAUGGUCUACAUAAUAUGUUGAAGAUGGCAGGUGACGACAGCGAUGAAAUUGCAAGAAUUAUAGAAGAAGCUGGAGGUUUGGAUAGAAUAGAAAAGUUACAGCAACACGAAAACGAAGAAAUCUAUAAACUCACGUAUAAAAUUAUUGAUCGAUAUUUCUCAAACGAGGGCGAUAACGACGAGCAGGAAUUUGCACCACAAGAGGUCGACGGUGGACUUCAAUUUAGCGCGCGCGAUAACGUUCCCGAAGAGGGUUUCAAAUUUUAGUAAGUGUUCCAUAAAAUCUACUGUCGAAAAAUUGGGAACUUCAUAUUGGAUCCUUAAUCAUCUGCUCUGGUGUCCUCCAUCUUAAAGUUACCUCCUUCGUCUCCUAAAAUCGUUUUGAAUGAAAUGAAAUGAAGAGCAAAUCGCAUGCAAGCUAUAGUGAUGUUGGGUUGGUAUCAAAUGAUGGAGAGCAAAUCUCAAGAAAGUUUUCAAUUGUAAAAAAUAUCAUCGCCAACAUUUCGCCACGCCGCAUUCUGUCAACAUGAACUAAAAAAGCCUCGUUAUGUUGAAUGGUUCGAUUUGCACAUUGAUGGUGAAUUUACGAGAUGUCCCGGGGGGGAUUUCCCGCGAAUAAUCGCAAGAAAUCAUGGAUGUUUUGUAUAGUAAAAAGAAAUGUUUAUUGCUACGUCUUUGUGCUGAAAACUCAAACGAUUUUUGAAACUAGACAUUGGAGCAUUCAAGAAGCGACCGUAUUUUAAUUAUACUUGGUAUUGUAUAUAUGUUUUUCACUAAAUUUGUAUAUUUUAAAACUGUUGGAAUGGAUGCUUUGCAAAAUUCAA